CAGUUUGUCCGUUAUUAUUUCUUUCACAAGUUUGGUUUUGGUUAGAUUCGAAUAAAACGAUUCGAAGAAGUAAUUGUAAGCAGAGUGUAAUUGAAAUUACUUCGAUUGUCGACCAUCUAAGAACGCGCGCGAACAUAAGAAGUCCGAUUUUGGUCAGGUAAUUUAUAUGUAUUAUUGCGGGUUGCGGCUAUUUAGAAGCUAGUGAUAAUUUCACUUUUACGAUCGAGUUAUUUGUCGAGGAAAAAUUGUCUGAAUCCUAAAUUGAAUUGAUCGUGUUCGAGGGUCGAUUUGUUAUUCAAGGACCAAAGGUUAAUAUUGUUGUUCUUCAAGCUCCUGUGUGAAGUAUGUCGAAUAAUACCAGAAAUGCGGAAAGUAAAGGAUCCAGCAGUCAUUCAAAAAUCAUUAAAAAAACUUGUUCUUACAAAUGGACAAUCCCCUCAUAUCGCAUGGGCCAAAGCUAUGAAUCUCCGGCUUUCGCGGCUGCUGACGAUGAUUUCAAAUGGUGUUUGAAACUUUUUAGCCGUUACAGGAAAUGCGACGAUAAGAUUGUAAUUGGUUUAAGUCCUAAUCGCGACAGAGAUUCAGAAACGUGUCGGUGUAGCCCUGUGUCUGGAAACAUGAAGAUCACUUUGGAGAAUAAUGACAGCGAGUGGCACUGUCACGGCGAAGCUUCAUUCCAGCUCAACUUGAAUAAAACGGACCCAUAUUUUGAACUGGAUAUUUGCAAUGCGAAUGACCUGGAAAUGUUUGCACUGGGACGCUCAAAUAGGAUAUUUGUUUGGUGCCAUGUAGAAUACGAGUUAAUGAAAAAACCCAAGCUGAUCGGGUCGAGCCUUUCACGUGACCUAGAUCGGAUUCGCACGGAUGAAGAUUUCAUCGAUGUGACCAUCUCAGUUGAUGGUAAAAAUUAUCCGGCCCAUAAACUGAUUUUAGCUGCUCGCAGUUCGGUUUUCAAAGCCAUGUUUAGAAACGAUAUGCUAGAAAGCCAGAAAAAUAACGUUAUAAUCGACGAUAUCAAGCAAGAAACAUUCGAAGAAAUGCUACGCUACAUUUACACUGGCGAGAUGCGAAAUUUGGACGAAUGGGCCUUCGAAUUACUCCCCGCUGCGGAUAAAUACGACCUGAAAGAACUAAAAAACGCGUGUGAAGGAAUUUUACUCUCAAAAUUAUCAGCAGACAGUGUAGGCAAGAUCUUAGUACUAGCUGAUAUUCAUAAUGCUGAAGAAUUGAAGGCGAAUGCUCUACGAUUCAUCAAAGCGACGUAUUCCAAUUGCGGGGAUUAUGAAAAUACAGAGAUAUGGAAAAUAUUGACCGAAUCUCGUCCUAGUUUGAUGAAAGAUAUGCUAGCUGUAGUUUUUGAAAAGUAAUUGUUGUUGAGGAGUGAAGGAUACUCAUUGACUGUAAUUUCCACUUUGAAGACUGUAUUAUUGUGGCAAGUCAAAUGAAACCUGGCAUUUCGUUAUUCGUUGUAACCUUUUUUGUUUACAUUUUGUAGUGGUAAGAUUUUUUUUGAUAGAAGAAUUAUGUUCUAAUGUGUAAUGAUCAAUUAUUGUUUCGUUUUCAAUUUAUGAAAAAAAUGCUCAAUGUUAUUUUUCAUAGGUAAGUAAAAAAAAAAUCCAAGAAGUGUUGAAUUUUUUUCCAAAAAGCAUCCUGAAGUCUCGCUUUUUUGUUUAAAAAAUAAAGAAAGUCACGCUUUUUUGGAAAAAACGCGAAUUGGCGAAUGUCAUGUUUUUGCCAAUAACUGCCGAAUGGUCUGCUGUUUUUUCGUUUGAAUCGUCAAAGCUUA